AUUUUCCCCAGUUCUUAUGUUCAACUCUGUUCCAUUUUCUCUCUCUACCUACUUCCAAUUUUAUGGGAACUUUCUCUCUCUUUUUUUUUUACAAUUAGAUUUAGAAAUUUUCUUGCUUGGUUUCCAAGUUUAUCAUUAUUCUAUGUUUUUAUAUUCUACUUAGAUCCCAUAUUCUUUUUCAUCCUCUUCCUUCAUCAUUGAGUGCUUCUUCCACAAAACACCAUUUCUGUAUCUCUUUAUAUAUUCCUUCCUUUUUUUCCUUCCUCUUCUGCCAACAUCCCAUGAUUUUCACAGAGAAAAUACAGUGCAUGAAGAUGAGGUUCCCUAAUUACAUCCAAGCAUUGGAAGAAGAGCUCCUGAAAAUUCAGGUGUUCUCCAAAGAGCUUCCUCUUUCAUUGGAGCUGGUCACACAAGCUAUUGAAGCUUGUAAGCAGCAGUUGUCUGGAACUACCACUGAGAAUGGCCAAUCGGAGUGUUCAGAGCAGACAACAUCAAUGGGAGAACGUGUUUUGGAGGAGUUCAUUCCGAUCAAGAAAAGGGCAUCCACUUAUUGUGAUGAAGAUGAGCUACAUUCUCAUGAGAAAAAUGUUUCAAAGGGUGAUAAGAACAACACUGAUGAGAGGAAAAUGGAUUGGCUUAGAUCUGUUCAGUUAUGGAACCCGGAUCCCCCAGCUGGGGAGGAUGUGACUAGGAAAGUGCCUGUGAUGAUGGACUUGAUGAGAAGUGGAUGUGGUGGUGGUGGUGCUUUCCAGCCAUUUCAUAAAGAAGAAAGAGCUGAAAAGACAAUUGAAUCAUUGAGUAAAGCACCCUCCUCUUCUUCUCCGGUAGCCACCGCAAGUUCUACCGCAGCGAAGGCCACCACCAGUCACAGUGGUGAAAGCAGGAAAAGAGUGGAGAAAGAGGGGCAGAGAAAGCAGCGCAGGUGCUGGUCACAGGAUUUGCACAAGCGCUUCUUGCAUGCCCUUCAGCAGCUUGGUGGUCCAGAUACUGCCACACCAAAGCAAAUUAGGGAGAAAAUGAAUGUUGGUGGCCUCACAAAUGAUGAAGUCAAAAGCCAUUUACAGAAAUACCGUUUGCACUCUAAAAGACCAAGUCCUGCAGUUCACAACACAGCCAAUUCUCAAACAGCACCUUUUGUCCUUGUAGGAAACAUUUUUGUUCAACAGCCACAAUAUGCAGCAGCAUCAGGGGAACUGAACAAAGUUAUGGCACCUGCCGGAAUUUACGCGCCGGUGGCCACACAUCCUCCAGCUGUUUCACACACACCAGAUGCUUCAAUUAAGAAGCCAGAGUUCAAGAAACUAAAGCUAUUUGAGCAAUCAAACUUAGAAGAAAGAGCUAACAAUCACAGUGUAGGAGGAGGUGUUCAUUCAAACUCUCCUUCCUCAUCAUCCUCCACACAUACCACUACUACUUCCCCUGGCUGUAGAGUUUGAAUGUACAGGAUUUGUAACUAAAUUGCUGUAGAAAGUCUCUAAGUCCUUUGAUAUUUUCUUCUGAAAUGUUCUGUUUUAUUGACUUUUUUCUCCUGUUGUCUGGGAUUUAACUUAUAUAGGUAAAAUACACAGAAAGUGACAUUUUUGGUGUUAAAUAAACACAAGGUGAGAUGAAGUUUCAAAUUUUGAAUUUGGAAGCAUUUUCAA